AUCUGUCAGUUAGCUGUCAACCGAAUUGUCAAGUAUGUCACAACACAACACUACUAAUUACAAAAAUUCGUGAGGUAUCUUUUUGUAAAAGUAGUCGCAGUCAACACAGUUACCCUUAAAUGAGUAACUUUCUGGUAACCACACCACCAUGCGGAAACGCCACAUAUGGACAAUUUGUGCUCUGGUAGUGGGGCUUUUUGCGAACUUUAUUUACAAUGAUGAAAUAAGCGAGAAAGUCGCCAGCACUGAGCUGGCCCCUGAGAAAGACGAAAGGUUGCUGGUUUUCUCAACCCUGAAUGGAGAUUUGGUGGGAAUUGAGCAACACUCAGGCCGCAUCCGGUGGAAAAUUAAAGAUAAACCCAUAGUCCAGGUUCCGGUGGACACCACAAACGCCAUAAUACCCCUAUUCUUGCCAGACCCCAGAGAUGGCUCCUUGUACCUCCUAGGCAACAACCGCGAGCCCCUAAAAAAGCUACCAUUCACGAUCCCACAACUAGUGGCGUCAUCACCUUGCAGGAGCUCUGAUGGAAUUUUAUACACAGGCAAGAAAAAAGACACGUGGUUCAAGCUGGACCCCGUGUCGGGCAAGAAGGAGCAGGUUUUGGGCUGGGACCCGAGCCCCACGUGCCCCAUCGAAUCCACGAGUUUCGUUUUUAUAGGGCGCACCAAGUACGAUAUUAUGAUGGUCGACAGCCACAAUUCACAACGUAAAUGGAACGUUACGUUUUAUGAUUACACUGCUCAAACUAUGAGUAAAGAGGAGAUGAAUAAUUACGAUUUGGCUCAUUUCGCGUCGAGUUCUACGGGAAGGUUGGUCACGAUGGACCGACGAAGGGGGAAUUUGCUGUGGGAUGGCGAUUUGGGUAGUCCGGUGAUUGCGGCGUAUGUGCUUGACUCCGAUGGGUUGCUGAUGGCGCCGUUCACGAGUCUGGCUAAUCAUACGUUGAAUUAUUUGACGACGGAGCUUCUGAGUCAUGAUGGGAUGCAGGAGCCGGGUUCACACAGGAUGAAGUUGUACCCCACUUUGUACGUCGGGGACCAUACAUACGGCCUCUACGCCCUACCAUCACUAGUGGACCAAAACGUCGUGACCAUAACCGCCUCCGACAGCGGCCCCCUGCUCCUAGGAGGCCCCCACGCCCCAGAGCUGCCCAAACCAUACCCCGAAUACCCCAUACCGGGCUACAACUACCGCAUACCAUCAAACAUGUACGAAGAAGACCCCCUCACAUUCCAAAGCAUCCCCAACUUCAUCAUCUACGUCGGCCACUACAACGUCCCCAAAUACAGCGACACGAAAUUCCUCCUACCCGGCAGCUCCUCCAAACACCUCCACCUCAUCACCGACGCCAGCGACCCCAAAGAGGCCCCCAUCCACGACCAGAACCCCAUAGACCCCCAAACCGACGACUCCAUCAAAGAAAAACCCCAAGUGCGACCCCGAACCGAGAACCGCCUCACCAGCACCCUCACCUUCACCUACAAAACAGUCAAACUGUGGGUGAACCAACAAGAAAACAAAGGCUUGAAGCUGGUACUUAUCAUCCUCGUGGGGUGCGUUAUUGCCAUGUUCUGGUACUUGCAAGUGCAAGUACGCGAAUUCCAGAACAUGUCGCAGAACGGGUCGAGGUCGAGCCAACCGGGCUCGCUGGGCAGGAACUCGUCCAUCACCGCCUACUCGGAAGAGUUACCAGAUGGGUUGGUACGGGUCGGGAAAAUCACGUUCCACCCGGAGCAGCUACUAGGGAAAGGGUGCGAAGGUACUUUUGUGUACCGCGGCGAGUUUGAUAGUCGACAGGUGGCGGUGAAGAGGUUGCUACCUGAGUGUUUUACGUUCGCGGACCGAGAGGUGGCGCUGCUGCGCGAGAGCGACGCGCAUCCUAAUGUCAUUAGGUACUACUGUAUGGAGCAGGACCGACUUUUCCGGUACAUAGCUUUGGAGUUGUGUCAGGCGACUCUGUCGGAGUACGUACAGGGGAAGUGCGACCGGAAGUUGAUUCAACCCUUGGAUAUUUUGAGGCAGGCGACGUCGGGAUUGGAGCAUUUGCACUCACUUGAUAUUGUUCAUCGCGAUAUUAAGCCGCACAACGUUCUGCUGUCCAUGCCCAAUAAUCAUGGCGUCGUCAGAGCGAUGAUUUCCGAUUUUGGGCUUUGUAAGAAGUUGCAAGUGGGGAGGAUGUCGUUUUCGAGGCGCUCGGGGGUGACAGGGACGGACGGGUGGAUCGCGCCUGAAAUGCUCAACGGGGAUGAGAGGACGACUUGUGCUGUCGACUUGUUCUCUCUAGGUUGUCUUUUCUACUACGUUCUUUCCAAGGGGUUGCACCCAUUCGGGGACAAUCUCCGCCGCCAAGCCAACAUCCUGGGCGGGGACUACAAUUUAGAAGACAUCCAAGGAGAGGAGCGCCAAAUCAUCCUGCAAAAACUACUCAUAGGUGCCAUGAUCUCGUCCAAGCCCCUCGAGCGGCCAUCUUGCACCGCCAUCUUGAAACACCCCAUGUUCUGGGACAACUCAAAAAUUCUGGCUUUCUUCCAGGAUGUCAGCGACAGGGUCGAGAAAGCCGAAAGCGAUGACUCGGUGCUCCAGUGUUUAGAGGAAACGAAUUACACCAUAGUACGAUCUGAUUGGAGGGCGCACAUCCACGAAGAAGUGGCAACCGAUUUGAGGAAAUACCGGUCCUAUAGGGGGGAGUCAGUCAGAGACCUUUUGAGAGCUCUAAGAAAUAAAAAACACCACUUCCGGGAACUAACAACCGAAGCGCAAAACCUCCUCGGAGACAUCCCUGAUUCGUUCACCAAGUACUGGACGACACGUUUUCCUCUGCUAUUGGUGCACUCGUGGAUAGCCAUGCAGUGCGUGGCCAAAGAGACCGCGUUCCAGCACUACUAUCACGAAAGCUACAGAUUUUCGUACCAGAAGUUCGUCCAACAAAUCGGGGCGUACAUCGUCGAUAAGCCCCGACAGUUUUAUUUUGAAUCCCCGGUGCUCAAAAACGGCGACUACUACGGGAACAAGUCCCCCAAGAAGACACAAAAGGGCAGAUUUUACGACCCUAGGAAACGCAACGACGAUGUGAGGGAAAACGUUGGGUUAUAUAGAAAUCUGGCGCCUGAGAAGGUCGUCGACGUUAGUGAGGUUAAGGUUACGGUUACUAACAGUGGGUAUGCAGGAGUGGGUAAAAGUAACGUGAAUGUUAAGCUUCGGAGUAGGAAUAACAAGAGGGCGUCGAAGAGGGACGAGCCCUUGGUCUGGGCCAUAAAUGAUGAUAAAUAAGUACAAUUAAUUUGUGGUUUUUAAUUUUGUUUUGGGGGAAAACGCGGCAGACGGGCAAGGUUUUACGGGUUUGGGCAUUUUAUGAAGGAGACUGCGACGGAAAUGGGUUAGUUUUACACUCGUGUGAGUUAAUUGGAAUUUAUUUUUUCAAGUUUGAGGUUACGUUAACCGGAUUGCGUUCCAUUGACAUGGAAAAAGUAGAGUGUGUUUUCACAGACGUAUUAAAUAAAAACAACAUUUAUGUUUAUGUAGUCGUGUUUCUUGUAAUGAUACAAUUUCUGGAUACGCAUGUGCAAUUUAGUCCUCUGGGCAUUUUCUCAAAGCCUUGCCCACUCGCUCCGGCCUUAAUUUUUUACAAAUUCGAUAAGUCACUGUGAUAAUGUAAAUUUUAGCACUUCGUUUUAAGGACCAAUUCUAUUGCGUCCGCCCUGGCGGACAGUGAAUGUAUUGUUAUUACUGAUGCCAAAUAUAUUUUCUAUAUAUUUGAA